GUGUCCUGUUGAGUGCACAGAGGGAGGCAGGACAUACCCACACACACAGGAUCCUCAGAGGUUCGGUUGCUGAGAUGGAAGCAGAGUUAAAGUGACCAGACUAGAAGAGAAAAGAAGUCACCCAAAUAGUCUGCAGAACCAACAGUGAGUAUUUCAGGAGAGGUUGGGGAACCAGGCAUUUGAAAGGAACAUGACUUUCUUGGUGUUCAUCUUCUUGCUCUCCUUCCUCCAAGCUGAGUCUGCAAGAAUUUCAAGUUCAAACCCCAUAUUCGGACCAAGGCAGGUGACCGGUUUGCUGGGAGGAUCAGUUACUGUGAAAUGCUAUUACCCUCGCACCAGUGUGAACCGACAUGACAGAAAGUACUGGUGCAAGGAAUCAAGAUCGCGAUGUGUGACCGUCAUUUCUUCCAGUGGCUACACUGCUCAAGACUUCUCUGGCAGAGCAACAAUCACAGACUUCCCAGAGCAAGGCAUCUUCACCAUUGAGAUCUCGAAACUAGUGGAAAAGGACACCAGCUUUUAUAAAUGUGGCAUUGGUCUCAAUGACAGAGGACUUUCCUUCAAAGUCAAGCUGGAUGUUUCAAAGGGUCCAAAUGUGCCCGAAGAAGCUGAACUCUAUUACAUUGAGCUGGGACAUUCUGUGACCAUCAACUGCGUGUUUGGCACGGAAUAUGGUAGUGAGAGGAAGUACAUGUGCAGAAUGGGGAAAACAGGCUGCUCUAAUGUCAUCGACACCUAUGGGAAUGUUAACGAAAACUACAAAGGGAGAGUUUUGCUGAGCCUUCAGGAGCCUGCUGGGUCAUUCAGCCUCUAUAUGACCCAGCUGAGGAAGGAAGAUUCAGGUGUAUAUUUGUGUGGGGCUGGGAUUUACGGAGAGAAAGGAGAAUCCAAGGAACUGGAUAUUCAUGUCUACCAAGAAACAUCUGUCCCCCAGGGAUCACACGUAAUAAAUGGUGUCAUAGGAGGUUCGGUAUCUGUCGAAUGCCACUAUGAUCCACGAGGGAAUUACACACUCAAGUACUGGUGCAAAUGGAGGAAGAAUGGGUGCAAUCAGUUAAUAACCAACCUUGCGACUAUGAUAGAUUCAUAUGAAGGAAGGAUAGUCCUGCAUGAUAACCCAGAAAACGGAACAUUCACAGUAAUAAUGAACCAGCUGACAGCAGGGGAUGCAGGAUAUUACUGGUGUAUAACGGAUGGCGAAACGGAAAGGAAAUCUACGAAGGAGCUGAAGAUUAUAGAUGGGCAACCUGGUUUAACAGGAGCAAAAGAGAUUGAUGCAGUCAUUGGUACACGGGUCACUAUACCUUGCUCUUAUCCAUGCAAAUAUUAUUCUUACCAGAAAUAUUGGUGCAAGUGGCAUAACACUGGCUGCCAAAGUCUCAUCUCCUCUGAGCAAAACCAAACCGGCCUGGUUGUCAACUGUGACAAGGAGAAGAGGACACUCUACCUAACUUUCGACCAAGUAAUACAGACAGACCAAGGGUGGUAUUGGUGUGGAGUGAGCCAUUCUGGUCACUAUGGGGAAACCAUGGCAGUGUACCUGACAGUAAACGGAGAUGCAAUCCCUCUCGAUGCAAAAUCUGAAGAUGUUUCUAUGUCCAACACAGGAUCUGAAAAUGGUAUUGUUCCCCGAAACAAAGACGGGGUCAUAGAUGACAACUCUUCACCAAGCUCUCAGGAACAUGACAGCUCUAAGGUGAUUCUCUCAGUCCUGCUCCCCAUUGCUGUUGUGUGUCUGCUCCUAGCUACAGUCUUUGUGGUUGUUAAAUUUAGGCUCCUGAAGCGCACAGAUUUGGUUUCGGUUGGAAGCUACAGAACAAAUAUUAGCAUGUCAGAGUUUGAGAAUUCUAGAGAUUAUGGAGCAAAGGACAACAUGGGCAUAAAUGAUGCUCAGGAGACCCAGCUAGGAGGAGUGGAUGAAUUUAUAACUACCCCUGGCAAUGCUGAAGGUGCAGAAGAACCACGGAAGGUGAAAAGGGACUCCAAGGAGGAAGCGGAUAUUGCUUACAGCACAUUCCUGCUUCAAGCCAACAAAGUAGCCCAGGGAGAGGCUUAGCAAGUUCCUUGACUGUCCCAGUACAAUUGCUUCUGAAGAUGGUACAAGGAAAAAACAAUAAUGAUUGAAAACGCUCCUGUGUUCUGAAUCAGUGAACAACAGAUCUGCAAGUUGCACUAUUUCUUACUGUCAAACAAACGUUUUGCUGCAUCUAGAUCUUUCAGUUCCUCAAAAGAUUUUUAAUGAGGUUGUGAGUGGUGAUAUAAUAAGAAUCUUCUGGCCAAAAAUAAGUUGCCUUGGGGAAGCUGAACCCUCAGAAGUUUGAUUUUUUUCUUUUUUUAGGGCAAAGGAUCUCAUUUCAAGCAUAUUUGAGGUGAAAUAUCAAUAAAACUCUAAUGCCUUUGCUUUCCUGCAGGCUGAGCUCACACCUUUUAGAGUUCACCAAGCCCCAAGGAUGGCCAUUACCUAAGGAUCAUUUAAGAUUCACCUCUCAUUUGAUUUUAAAGCACCAGGAAAUAUUUUAGAACAAUGUGAGUGUCUCUUUUGAUUCCUGUGACCUUUUUAAUCUAUAAGGCAGUACCUGUAAGGCAGACAAGUAGCCUGAAAUUGUUUUUUCUUCACAGACAAUAAAGAAUCUGAUUGUA